UGUAAGUAUCCAACAUACAGUGUACUAAAUUUAAUUAUAAGAAUGCACAUUUUUACAAGGAUGUGGCAACACAAUGACGUUGACUUUUCCUGUGACUGCAGUACUUGAAAGGAGCAAACCUUUGUAUGCACAAGCCACAGAAAUUCAACAGCUGUAUAACCAAAGAGUUUGCAUUUACUUAUGGGGAAAUACGUCUCUUGCACUCUGACAAUACUUUAAAACGUAUUUUAAACAUUCCAUAGUUUUGUAUAAUUAAAUCUUUUCAGGUAAAUUUGUGAAUGGGAUUAUUGGAUUUUCACUCAGCCUGUUAAAACCCUUUGCCAUACUUUUGGACAAAGUCUUGCUUUUAAUCACCUGGAAAAUAAUUUUAAAGAAUAAUUUUAGUUAUAUCUGAGUAACACAUUAAUGAAUAUCUUUUAAUACAACAAGAUCUUUAAGGAUCAUGUGUAAUGAAAGAAAUUAUCUUGAAAAAGAUCUUGAGGGUUGGUAAAACAAUCUCUUUCUAGUUUUGUACUGAACAGGCUUUGUCAGCUGACUUGAAAGAGACAGGCACCAGAGAACAAAAUGUGAAAUCGAAGAGGCCUUCUUCCCCUCUACCUCUCUAAAAGUUGGAGCUAAAUUUUUAUUUUCAGUUUCCAGGAAACAAAAAAAAAAUUCUCCCCAGAAAUUGUCUGUCAUACUAUCUUUCAAUUUUGCUACAAAACCAGUCUUGAUAUUCCAAAAAAUCUUAUCUUAUGUAAAAGACAACAAAUAUUUUGGGGUGAAGAAGUCUCCACGAUGUGUGUUGUGUUAUGUUAAAGCUUGUUUUAGUGUGACACUGAUAAAAAUUUAAAUGUCUCACAACUUCUUCUUCACAGGUUAGAAUAAAAAAAAAAUCACCUCACACAGUUGUCUUGUUUUUGAAAAUAAUGAAUUUUGUUAUGGCUAGUUGAUGCUACAGUUCAUGAAAGACUAUGGUUUUGCUGGUUGAUUGUGGCUUCAUUUCAAGAUAUUUAUUUAGCUGUUUUCUUGUUAUUUUCAAUGAUUAUCGAAUGAAAAGAGAAAAGCUGCAACUUCCCCUGGUAAAUAUAUUGAUUUUUGAGGUAGCAGGCAAAUAGCUCUGAAAUUGAAGCUGGAGAAACAGAUGCUCAGUUUGUGAAACACAGGACCUCUCAGUAUUAAGAGCUGUUGCUGAAUAGGUUGGACAAAUGGCGUUUUUUAGAAACCUUCACCAAAAUCUGAGCCUUCCCUCUGUGUCUUCCCUGGUGGACACGCUCAGCAGUGCUGUGGAUGACCUGGCCAGUGUUGUUGGCGAGGUUGGCUACUCUGUGGCUGACUCAGUGACAGAGCAAGUAACGAGCAUGAUCAAUGGCCUGCGGGCAGAAGAUGAGAGCUCCAAAACACAGAGUGAUAAACCUGUGGAAGGCAGAGAGGAGCACACACCAUCAUUAGCUCAUUCUCAGGAAAUGAAUAUGAAAACAAAGAGAGGUGCUGCAGAACAUAAAGAGACUCACAAUUCUGAUUCGUUAGAUUUUGUAAAAAAAGGUACAAGUGAAGCUGGAGUAUCUGACCAUGUCUUGAACAAAAACCAGUUGAGAGGCACAGAUCAUAAUAAUCCUCUCAGUGAUACAGAAGUACCUCAGGAUUUGAAGAUUGUAGGAGGACCUUUUAAAAGGGAAGUGGUAGGGGGAAAUGAAUGUUUUGUAAAUGAUAAGUUCUUAAAGGAUAGUAACCUGAAAAAUAAAAAAAUUACAGUGGAGCAAUCCAUUGAGGAGCAAGAUAAUUGUCUAUAUGCAGUAUCAGGUAAUUUGAAGAAUCAUGAGCAUAAAAAAAUCAAACCACAGUCACCUGGAGUUGAUUUUAAAGAUUCUGAUAAAGUGCACAGUAUGAAUGUUCCCCAAGACUUGGAAACAAAACAGAAGGAGAAAUUAUCAGACUCCAGCAUGAAGAAGAUGCACAAUGACCAUCCCAAUUGCCUUAAUGAAAUCAAAGAAAAGAAAUCUGAAGCCUUCUUAGAGAGAAAAAGGAGACCCAUCUCAAAAGAUGAAGACAGUGUGUCAGCUGCAAUUGCAAAUGAAGGUAAAAGAAAAAAUUCAAAGAAAUUAGAAAGAGAGCUAUGUAAUAAGAAGACAGCAGGAAAAGGUGAGGAGUCUGUCAGCAAACUGCAUUCUUCAGCCUUUCCUGAAACUUAUGAUAUUUCCUACUUUUUUCACCUAAUUUACACAUUUAAUAAUAGGGUUUCCUGUGAGUGAAAGUAGGUUUGUUUCAGUGCUUCAUUUUCUAAUUAUGUUGAUAUUUCUUGGAAGUUAAUUACUUUCCAAAGUAUUACUUAAAGGAACUGAUUAAUAAAUGCCUUUUCUAUGUUCUAACUUUAUUCUUUCUCUAUACAGUUUUUCUUGCCUUCUAAGCCUUGUGUGGUUUCUGCUGAAAACUAUGAAUUAAUUAAUACUGGAAAUGAAUACUUGUUCUGUGAAAAUGAUUUUUUAAUUUUCUUUUUAAAGCAAUGCAUAAGAUGUGCUAUGAUGAUAAAAAUAACUUCUUUUGCAUUUACAUUACAGUAGAUCUUCAGAAUAUUUCUGGGAUACUUGAGAUAGUGAUUUCAAGACACAAUGAGAAAUGAGAAACUCAAUAAGAAAUGGCAAUUAAGUCAUUUUAAGUAUAGAAAGAAGUGAAUGAGGCUUGUCUUAAAGUUGAAGUCUUAAAAGAAAACCUGUGUUGUUGUUAUGGAUGCUUUGUGUGCUGUCUUCAACAUCCAAUCUUAGUGUGAUAAGGGAAUUGCAAUAAUAAUUUGUAAGAAGUAAAACCUUGCAAUUUUACAUACUUUUACAGGCUGCACAGU